GAUAGGUUAAUUAAUGAAGCUAGGAUCGCCUAUAAAUAGCCGUGAAACCCUCUUUCAAAAAGCACACACACAACAAAACUACUCAAACUUGCUACUUGUCAUACCUUAGAAAAGGAGAAGAAAGAUAUGAAGUACUUGAGCAGCCUUAUCAUCACACUAUGUUUAGCUAAUAUAUUAUGCCUUGGAUUGGUUUAUGCAGAUGAAAGACCCGAUCACCAAUGUGGGCCUAAUCUAGGAAAUCCUCCAUGUGGAGACGGAAGGUGUUGCAGCAUCCAUAACUUUUGUGGUAGCGGAUCUAGUUACUGCAGAGGCGGAAACUGCCGAUACCAGUGCUGGUUCGCAGCAGCACCGACGACUGGUACUGGUCUCCCUCGUGAUAAUUCUGUAACCAAAAUAGUCACCAAAUCACUCUACAACGAAAUGUUUAAACAUAGAAGUGAUUGUCAAAGCCAGGGCUUCUAUAGCUACGAGGCUUUCAUCACUGCCACUCAAUCCUUUCCUGGCUUUGCUACUACUGGAGAUGUCUCAACUCGUAAGAGGGAACUCGCUGCUUUCUUUGCUCAAACCUCUCAACUAACCACUGGCUAUGGUCCUAGUGAUCCACAUGCGUGGGGAUAUUGUAGUAUCAAUGGGACUGUUCACACAACAGCUGGGAAUGAUUAUUGCACUUCCUCUAAGUGGCCUUGUGCUCCAGGCAAAAAAUAUAUUAGCAGAGGACCUAUCCAACUCACUCACAACUACAACUACGGACUUGCCGGUAAGGCUCUUGGAGUAGAUUUGAUAAAAAAUCCAGAUUUGGUGGCCAUAGACCCUGUUGUUUCAUUCAGAACAGCCUUGUGGUUUUGGAUGACUAAGCAUGACAGUAAACCAGCUUCUUGCCAUGAUAUUUUGAUCAAUGCUAAUUCUAAAACUAAUGAUCAAGUCUCCUCAAGCUACGUUGCCAUAGAUAAAAUAGUAAACGGCAAUUCUCAAAUAGUCCAAACUGAGCUGGGCGAAAGUAGCAGAGUUUCUAAUAGCAUUGGGUACUAUAAAAGAUAUUGUGAUAUGUUAGAAGUGAGUUAUGGAAAGCUCAUAUGAUAAUAUGUAUGAGAAGACCCUGUACUACGUAGCUCAAGAAAAGAAAUAAAGUGGAAUGGUUCUCCCCAUUUUCAUAUAGGAGAUUGAGAGAUCAUGUAAUGUCACCUUACUAUAUGUAUUUGUGUCGAGUGAUCAUAUACAUAUGUAAAGUGCUUAAAUAUAUAUAUGCUGAUAAAAUAAAUGAGCUACAUAAACUUUUUACGUACG